AUGGCCUCCUUUAAGAAGUUCUCGGCGCUGGCCCUGAUUGCCAUCGUCCUGUUGAUAAUCGGCGGUAUCCUCCACAUCAUCGCCCUGGCCACACCUUACUGGCAUUUCACAUACGAGGCUACCUUCGGCAGGGUUGGGCACUAUGGACUCUGGGUGGGGUGUAAAUACAUUUUGACAGCAGUGUCGUGUUCCAGCGAUUUCAUCAAUCCACCAGCCUGGUUAGACGGUGUACGAGCUAUGGAUGUUCUCGGCAUGUUGUUAGGUACAACAGCACUGGUACUCAUGGGACUGUAUACAUUUGCUCCCUCCGGAAAAUGGACCACAACUUACAAAGUGUCGUCUGUCGUCACAGCCCUCGUGGCUGGGGUAUUCGUUCUAAUUGGUGCUAUCAUUUACGGAGUGAGUAUUGUGAAUGGAACUGACAUUAUUUCUGCUUUUCCUUACAAUAUUGGCGGACUGUACACUCGCGGCGUCUAUACCCACGAUUUGUCAUGGUCCUUCGGUAUCAGCAUCACCGCCGCAAUAUUGUGUGUCCUCAGCGGAGUCGUCAUGGGCUUCGCAGGCAAGCGAAACUAA